AGAGAUCAGCUGACUUCAGGGUGUGGUCACGUGGUCUUCUCGGCGUAAUAAAUGAGCGUAGAACCAAAUCAGCCGAACGUUUCACACUUCGACAAUGGGUCUGAUUCAAGGAGCCUGUCGGCUGUUGGUUGUAUUUGCUGUCGUCUUCAGAGAAGGGCUCCUCAGUCCCCUGGAAGGUAAAGAAGCCUGGAACUAUGUGGAGGUGAGGGACGGGGCCCACAUGUUCUGGUGGCUGUAUUAUGCUGACAACCAGUCGGCCGGAUACAAGGACCUGCCUCUGGUCAUGUGGCUGCAGGGUGGACCAGGUGGAUCAGGAAGUGGUUUUGGGAACUUUGAGGAGAUUGGACCUUUGAACAGAGACCUGGAGCCCAGGAAGUCGAGCUGGGUCCAAGCAGCCAGUGUGUUGUUUGUCGACAACCCCGUGGGCACCGGCUUCAGCUACACCGAACGCUCGGAUGGUUACGCCACCAACGUGGCCAUGGUUUCCUCCGACAUGUUGGUGCUGCUCGGACACUUCUUCGCAGAGAAGCCAGAGUUCCAGAACGUUCCGUUCUACAUCUUCUCUGAGUCCUACGGAGGGAAGAUGGCAGCUGCCAUUUCACUGGACCUCACCAAGGCUAUUGCACAAGGAACGGUGAAAUGUAAUUUUGCUGGUGUAGCACUCGGAGACUCGUGGAUUUCACCACUUGACUCUGUGAUGACGUGGGGACCGUACCUCUACACCACUUCCCUGCUGGACGAUAACGGCCUGUCCGAGGUGACCAGCGCAGCGGAGGAGGUGAAGAAGGCGGUGGAGCAGCAGCAGUUUGAGAAGGCCACAGAGCUGUGGUCGAUGGCCGAGACUGCAGUGGAGCAGAACACCAACGGCGUGAACUUCUACAACAUCCUCACCCAGGAACCAGAUGACAAACGUGUCUCCACCUCAGGAGAAAACUUCAUGACUCUACAGAUACGUCGCCACAUCAGGCCCCUCCACAGGCAGUCACUGAGUGAGCUGAUGAAUGGACCAAUCAAGAAGAAGCUUGGCAUCAUACCCCAGAAUGUCACAUGGGGAGGUCAGGCAGAGGAAGUGUUCAGCAACAUGGCAGGAGACUUCAUGAAGCCAGUGGUGGACGUGGUGGACCAGCUGCUGAGCGCUGGGGUCAACGUCACCGUCUACAAUGGACAGCUGGACCUCAUAGUGGACACCAUGGGUCAAGAGCUGUGGGUGAAGCGGCUGAAGUGGGAGGGGCUUCCUAGGUUCAACGCGCUGAGAUGGAGCGCUCUGGACGACCCCGGCGCCCAGGGUGUGACCGGAGCCUUCUGCAAAAACUACAAGAACUUCGCCUUCUACUGGAUCCUCCGAGCGGGUCACAUGAUUCCCUCGGACCAGGGACCCAUGGCUCUACAGAUGAUGAGGAUGAUCACUCAGCAGGUCUGAGGCUCGGACCUCGGCUGGAACGGCUCUGACAAUCACCACUUCAAUAAUUCUAUCACUUGUCGGCUAAAUCAAACACACAAACACACAGGACUUUAUAUCUGGAAUGUAAUAAAAACUAAUGAUUUGUUUUCUACA